GGUUGGGCCAUGGCCUUUGGCAGCGCCCAGUUGCUUUGGCAAUGCCCAGGCGGCGCUGAGCACGCCCACGCCCGGCAGAGACGAGCGCGGCGCCUCGGAACGCAGUUAUACAUAGAACGCGUGCGUCGAGGCAGCCUCAUCAACCGCCGAGGCGAGGGCUGCCCCCAACCCAGCCAAGGAGGCAUAGGACACCAUGCCGGUCGCCGCGGACCACGUGAAGAAGGAGCGCGCGCCCGGCGUGCUCGAGUCGCUCGACCAGCUGCGCGCCGACCGCAAGAAAGCUGUGCAGGCGGCGAAGCCCAAGUACAUUACGCACGACCCCGGCUACGCGGACCCCGAGCUCGUUCCUUCUGUUCGAAAGACGAAGCCCAAGAAGCAGAAAGUCGUGCACGAGGAGGACGAUGCAUCGGACGGAGAGACCUCGUCGAAGGUGCCCGACGCGCAAACUUUGCAAGGCUUAACGUUAGGCUUGCGGCCGGUCCGCGACAAAGCUCAAUUGGACGGCCAGCCCAAGUCCACGGACUUCGGGCCGGAUGUGUUCGAGCGGGCGUCUCCAAGAGCUAGAGCUACAUUAAGGACGUUCCUCUGCGACUUUUUGGUGGACGACAAUCGCGGCAACGUGCGGAUUCGGCGAGACAUUGAUUUGACGAACUACCGGAAGGAGGCAUUACGGCCGGUCACGAACUCGAUCAUACAAGAGGUUUGUGUGAUGCAGCCGCGCAUGGUGUCGCUCAACGUCUCGGAGUGCGAGGAGCUCACGGACAUGGCGUUACUGACUCUCGCGAAGCACUGCCCCGAGCUCGAGACGUUGAUUGGUCCUGGGAUUCCAGGAUUCACUAGAGUGGGUCUUCGAGCAUUAGCUCUAGGAUGUCCGCGCGUGACCACGCUAGAAUUAUCGAGGUGUGCUUCGCUCGAUGAUGAUGCUCUGAAUGCCAUCGCCGCGUCGCUACCCCAUCUGAAACAACUAGUAGUGGAAGAUUGCCAAGGCGUCACGGACGACGGUUUGGCGGUACUAGCUUCAGGAUGUAGAGGAUUGACGAGAGUGGACGUGUCGGGCUGUCCUAGGGUCGGAGAGUUCGGCGAUCGGGCAUUACUAGCCCUAGGACGGUACUGCAACGACCUCGUACGAUUAGACAUGUUCGGCUGCGCGCACGUGCAGGACGCGGGCAUGAUCGCGGUCGCGCGCGGUUGUCCCCUUCUGGAGGAGUUGCGGGUGACGGGCUGUCGGGAACUGUCGGGCAAGGCCCUCUCCAAAUUAUCUCGGUGUAGGAAUUUGAGGGAUUUGAGCAUAGCGGGAUGUGUCAGAGUGCGCGACGCGGACAUUUGUAAAUUGGUCGGCGUCUCUCCAGAUUCACCAAAACCACCACCACCACCCGGAGGGGAGGUGCUGGCCAAGGCAAGGGCUCAUGGUACGCCUACACGCGAGGCCAUGGAAGCCAUCAAGCAGCAGGCUACUGCGAGGCCCCCGAUCACCGGGGGCGCGACGCAGCUCGAGAAGAUCGAUCUGAGCGAGUGCCCCGACGUUAGGGCAAGAGCCAUCGGCGCGAUCGCGAGAAACUGCCCGGACCUCAAGGAUCUGACGUUAGUCGGUUGCGUCUCGGUGGGCGACGAGGCCUGCGAGGCGCUCGCGCGAUACUCGACGCGGUUAAGGCACCUGGACCUGAGCGACUGCCAGCGCAUUUCGGAGCGGGGCGUCGGCGCGAUCGGGCGGAACGUUACUGGUUUAGCUAAGUUGAACGUGACGGGGUGCAAGAAAGUCGGUCGAAGGUUCCUCCUGGAUCUGAUCGACGAACUGCAGUUCUGCGAUUUAGCUAGAGACUACGUGGGCUACCAACCCAAAAAGAACGCGGACUGGCUGCGGCGGGAGGCGGAAAGAAGGCAGCGCGAGCUCGGGUCGAUUAUCAAGAUCCAAGCGCUGUUCCGCGGCGCAGUAUUUAGAACGGGCCUCGGCGCCUACCGAAGGCGGGUCUUCUUCGAGCGCUGCGUGACGAAAUUGCAGGCCUGCGAGCGAGCUAGAACAUGGAGGAAAAGAGUAGCGGCCGUGGCGCUCGCGGACCGCGAGCAUAGGGCCGCGACGUGGUUCGCGGCCAUGUACCGCGGCAAGAUCGCGCGGCGCAUCGUGGCGCAGUGGCGGAACCAGCAGGCGUCGGCGCGAAAGACGUAUCGCGCGGCCAUGAUCAUGCAGCGGACGGUCCGGGCCCACCGCGCGAAACGGAGGGUGGAGUCGUUCCGACGGGCCGUCGAGGCGAUGCGCUUGGAUGCGGCCAGACUGCGCGCAAGGCAGGAGUGGCGCGCCGUCAUGCUCCAGGCGGCGCUUAGAGGUAUGUUCGCGCGGCAGGAGGCGCUACGACUCAAGGCAAUACGCGACGCGAAGCGCGCGGAAGAGAAAGCCCGAGCCGAGGCCGCUCUUAGAAUACAAGCGCAGUACCGCGCGUCUCUUGGGAGAGACGAAGCUACACGAAGACGGGACGCCCGUGCUUACAGAAGGUGGCUCUGGCGCACGGCUCGCAAGAUCCAGAGCUGGCUGCGGGGCUGCUGGGGCCGCAUGCGCGCGGCCGCCGUUAGAAAAGCCAAGGCCGACGAGAUCAAGAACAAGAUGGCCACGAAGAUUCAGGCGGCCUGGCGCGCGGCAAAGUCGCGGUAUUUGGCCACCAUUCAAGCCUCUCUGGAAGCCUUGCGAGCGGAAGAAAAGGUCGCCGUCGUGCGCAUCCAGUCGUCGGCUCGGGCGUACUUCGCGCGCAACGUCGUGCAGCGGAAGCGCGAAGCGAAACGAUUGCUGGAGCUCCAGGGCGUCGCUGCUGCCUUAAUUCAACGAAUAUUGAGAGGCCACUACGGGCGGACGGCCUGGGAGGUCGCGCAGCGCCAAUUAACAUUACAAGAUCGGGCAGCUCCUCUCUAUUCGAGGCUGAAUGUACUACUGGAUGAAAGUAGAGAGGCCGCCGACGCGCGCGACGACGCGACCAAGGCCCACGCCGAGGCCCAGGUCGAGGUCACGCAGAUCGAGGCCGAACUUCGAGAAUUGUCGCGCGUGGGCCACGACACGUGGGACACCGGUAGACUCUCCCAGGGCUACGUGCAGCGCUACAAGACGAGCUUCCUCAAACACAGAAUCAUCGAGCUGCUGGCCAACAAGCGCGCGGCCGUCGUCGAGUUCGCCGACAUGGCGCGCGAGAAGACCAUUGUGGCCAGGGACAAGGCGCGAUUGAUUCGGGAGGUGCAGCGGGAGAUCCGGCCGCUCGCCGACGGUCUUGCUGAACGCACUAGACGAGAGCGCGUCCACCGGCUGCGGACGAACGUCCGGCGCAACGCGGCCAUGGCGACGCGCUUGCAAAAAUUGACAAGGGGUGUCGUCUGCCGCCAGGCCUUCGAUCGGUUGUUGUUGCGCGGCGUCGACCAGUGGCUUGUACUCGAAUGCGAGCUGUCGGGCGACCCCUACUUCUACAACCGCUUCACGGAGGAACGGCGCGACGUCCGGCCGCUCGAGCUCGACUACGGCGUCAUUGUUUCGAGAAGGGACUUCUGCAUGCGCGGCCGCAUCGGCCGGCUCAUGCAGGAGGCGCGCGACGCCGGCACGCUGCAGGACGUGCCUGAUGAUGACCCGGAGAACCAGACCGUCCAGACGCCCGUCGACACGAUGCCGUCGAUGACGACGCAGGGCACGGCGCGCUUCACCUGGACGUCCUUCGAUGGGAACAGGCCGCCGACGCUGGACCAGCCGUCGCGGGCGUCGUACGACCCGUCCCUGGCGACGUCGUUCGAGGAGUCGGAGCAGCACAUAGACUCCGUUCAGGAGUAUGGGUAAGGGUUUGUCUAAAUAG